GUUGGUCCGCCAGGCUGUCCUUCUGGCUUCCCUGUUCCGUUGUAGCUCUGCCCAUACCUGCUGGCGGAGAGCAGCAUUCGGGGCGGAGCUUAGUCCGGGACGGAAGGCGGGGUUCACCGAUAAGGCGAAGAGAAGAACUCCGUUCCCCGGACCGGUGUGGCGAGAAGAGGCUGCAGGUUGCGGGCAGAGAAGGAAAAGCCGAUCGCUCGGGCGCCAAGCCGCUACUCCACCGUGAAGGAGGCGCGCGACGAACUUGCCAACUCGCGGGGGCUCCCUCGGCGGGGAAGCAGCAGGAACGAAACGCGAAGUAGCUCUCCCCUAGUAGAGCGGAGCCUGUGACCUUGCGCAGUGGAGGACUCGGGUGGCUGUUCCGAGAGUGAGGAGGCGGAAAGAAGCCGCGCGAGGAAAAAGGAUCUGCUUUGCUGAAGAUUCGUCCAGGAACAAAUCACAGAAAUGAUCCAGAAAGUUUAAUCCUUUUGUGAUGGAGUUGAAAGUCUGGGUAGAUGGAGUCCAGCGGGUUGUAUGCGGCGUUUCAGAUCAGACAACAUGUCAGGAAGUUGUCAUAGCACUGGCACGGGCCAUUGGUCAAACAGGCCGCUAUGUUCUCAUCCAAAGGCUACGUGAGAAGGAGAGACAGCUUCUCCCACAUGAAUGUCCUGUAGAGUCUCUGUCCAAAUGUGGCCAGUAUGCCCAGGAUGUGCAAUUUAUAUUGCAACGUACUGGUCCCAGCCUCAUAGAGAGGCCCUCUUCAGACAGUGCCCCCCAGAUGCCUGAGAGGACGUUUGUCAGGGCUAGCUUGCCUAUUAAACCUAGACCACUCAGUACAGAAGUACCUAGAACCAGGCAACCCAAAAAAUCUUUAACCUUCAACUUGGGUCCUGUGAGUUCAAGUGAUGCCUGUGCUAAAAACAAACUGAGGCAGCCCAAAAAGGACCCGAUGUGUGUUAGAGAUGGAGCCAGAGGGGGAUUACUUUCCAAAGAGGAGCUAUUCAAGACUGUCUUACACCAACAGGAGCAUCUCUGCACGCUGGAGAUGCAAGGUGAUGCCUUGGAAAUGGACAUCAGGCACUGGGAAUGCAGCCAGGGCUCUUAUCAGAAGGAUGAGAUUUUGCAGCUGGAGCAGCUGAUCCACCAAAAUGAGAGCCAGCUGAGUGAGGAAGAAUUUUGGCAGAAUGAGCUACAGUCAGAAAAAGAGCACGAAAGGGAGCGGCGGGAGAAAGUGCACAGCCUAAGGGCCACAAUGGAGGAGUAUACCAAAAAAAUCCAUGAACUUAUGGUAAAAACAGAGACCUUGGAAAGAGAAAUCCAGUGGGAAAUUACUGAGAGAGCCAAGAGGACCAAGGAAACUUCUACCCUGAAUCGUACUGAGCUAGAGGAGAUGGCAGCUAAAAUAAAAAGAGACCUGGAAGCCAAGUCCAAGCAAAGUGCCCAACUUGAAAGCAGCCUGGAUACGGUUGGGAGGGCCUUGGAGGAAGUAGAGCACAAUCUGCAGGCCCAGAACCAAGAGCUGGAGGAAUUGAAUAAGGAACUCAGGCAAUGUAAUUUACAACAAUUCAUCCAGCAGACAGGAGCCAUGGUGACUACUCCACAGGCCAUAUCAGAGGCAGAAUCGCAGCUGGAUCAAAUUAGCCAAGAGUUGCCAACUCACCAGAGAAAUGGAGAUUUGUCAGAACUCGGCAGAGACUCAUCUCCCAGAACUACAGCCAAGCAUUUCCUCGGCAGUCCACGCAACCUGCAGAAUCCCCUGGUGUCCAGCUUGAACCCUGAGGUCGUAUCAGCAAAGCAGAGCAUCUGGAGAUAAAAAGGCCAGCCAAGGAGGACUGAUAGUUUUGCGAAUAUAACAGAUGCACAGAUAAAAACUCUUUAUUACCUAUGUAUAUUUGCCUUCUUAGAUGGAUAUAGAUGGUUGUGCAGAAUAUUUUUACAGGCUUUUUUUUUUUUUUAAGUAAAAAAGAUCCUUGGAGGAAGCAGACUGCUUGUUUUUUGUUUUUGUUUUUUUAAAUGUGCCUGUUAUAAUUUCAAAUGAAAAAACUGGAACAGCUUUGUUGAAAAUGUAUAUAAGACUCCAUUCUAUGACAAUGCUUUGGACUGAAUAGCAAUUGCCCUGGAGGGCUAUAAACUGUGCUGGAGAAGUGUUCAAAGCAGAGAACAUCUCUAGGUCCAUUUAACUGCCCAACAAAGGAGAUGUGUAUUACCAACCGGAUUUCUUUAAUGAACUCUAUCAAUGCACUGGAGCAUUUCUUAUUGUUUGUUGGAUGAUGAUAUUUUUGUUGAAUGAUGAUUAUAUUUUGUAAAGUAAGUGGUUGGGUUUUUUUUUUAACCUUGAUGAGAGAAAAAUUAUCUCAUUCCUGAUAAGAAUAUAAAAACCAGAAAUACUGCUCUGGGACAGAGGUUUUUUGACCAUCCACAGAUGCCUUUUAUGGUGUGGUUGAUCCUGAGUCAGCCUUUUAUAAAAAAAAAAAAAUCUUUCAGCUCUGAUAAAAGAUGGGAUCAAUGUGCUAGUCCUGUCUAUGCCAAGUAUUUUGUCAUCCAGUGUUGUACAAUGUAAUUUUGCAUAUAAAUUGCUCCAGCAUAGAAAUGUAUAUUCUCUACUCACACAAUAAUUCUGGACUUUUCUAAAACCCAAGAUGUAAAAAUAAAAUUUUCCAAGUGAACGAAUUCUUGAUACUUUCAUACAGUGGAAAAUGGUUGUGUUCCAGUGGAAGCCAGCCAUAAGAAGGACUGUCUUCUACUUUAGAGCAGCUGGUUCUUGGAUUUGUCUGUGGGUCUUUCUUCUUUUCAGAGCAGCUUCUGGUGGGUUAGUUACAUAUUCUGAGUUGCACAAGAGAAUGGCCAAUGCAGAGGUGGUGCAGCAAACUGCAAUACAUUAUGAUCUCCACAGGAGAUAAGCAAUUUGGAACUUUUCAGAUAUUUUGGACUAUAAGUCUCGUGAACUGCUACCAUGACAAAUAAUAGGGAAUGGAUGGGAAUUGCAGUCCAUCCUGAAAUGUGAAGCUUGUCUAUCCCCGAUUAGUCUUUUGGCAAAAGCCUGAAUAGCAUUUGAAAGGUAUUUCUUGUUAAUAAGAUAUUUGCUUUGGUUUAAGGAUAGAGAACCAAUAUUGCUACCUCUGUUCCUCUGACUAGCUGCAGCUCAUUUGGCCUCAUAGUAGACUUAAUUCACUAUGUAUUGGAACCUGAUUUGAGGAUUUCGAGGAGACGAGGAAGAAGAAAUCUGAAAGCAGCAACAAAAGGAAGGAAAAUAUACCCUUCUCUUCUCAUUCCCAGCAGCACCUUAGCUUUAUAAUAAUACAAUUUGUGCUACUGUUGAACAUAGUGUAAGGAAAGGACAGAGGCCACGUGCAUGCCUGGAGAAAUCUUUGAGAUGACCACUGCCCAAAAUUAUAUAUGUUCUCCUCUAAUUAUUACUUUCUGGCUGCUUUCAAUAGCUUCUUCCUUUGUUGGUUGUUUUUGACCAUUCUCAGAAUAGACUGAGAAGCUACAUGAAUACUGAGGUGGAUAUGUUGAACUUUGAUUAAGCUGUUGAACAACUAAAGUGAUCUUUAGUGGAACACUAAAUGAGCCAGAUUAUUCUCCAGAUAUACCACCCAGUACCAGUACAAUAUUUUCGAGGUAGUUGAGGUAGAAAAAUAAUUUUUAAAAACCAUAGUAAAGAUUGGGUCCCAGGGCACAAUAUUUUUUCAGAAGUGCUCUUCCCAGGUAGGCUAAAAAUCUGGACUUCAGUUUUGGACAGAGAGUGAAAUCACUCUCUUUUUUUCUGAACUUGUGUACCAUUUAAAAACUUAGCAUUUCUAAAAUACUUUCUAUAAACUGUGUCCUUCAGUAAAAAUGAGCCAAUUUUUUUCAAGUUAAAAUAUUUUCAAGUGUUUGAUGUUUUUUUAAAGAAAAAACCUUCUGGACUUUCUUUUUCUUUUAAGUGCUUAUAUUUUUAAAGGCAAGUGGUGGUUACCACUUUUAAAUGAAGCCUGGAACAUGGAUUAGAAUGGAAAAAAAUGACAUUAUUGCACUUAUCUCAGUAAUUAGCAUUUUGCUACCAUCUUAACUUGCAAACUCAGUUUACUUCUAAAUACUAAACAGCAUUAUGACAGCAGCAUAGGGGAAUUGCAUUAAUGGAACCAAAUAAAAACCCUGACAUUUUAUUGAGCUGUGCUCUGUGUAACCUAGUCAUGUCUCACUGAUCGUAGACCAGGGGUGUCAAACUCGCAACGUCACGUGACGUGUCACAACGUUUUUUUCCAUUGCUGGCAAUGGGGUGGGUGCGGUUUUGGCAUGACGCAUCUGGCCCGCAGGCUGGCAAUUUGACACCCCUGCCAUAGACAAAGGUAACUCCAUUUUUUGAAAUGGGCAGCAGAGACUCUUAAUAACUGCAGAUUACUGAACUAUGAAAGUAAUUCCUGAUAGCAUUUCUUGCCAAUCUCUCUAUUUGGCCAGUACAUUUGGGAGGGUUUGUAUGCAUUUAGUUGCUUACGGCUGAUGUAUGACCAAGAAAAGCAAAUGUAUGCGUGAAAGCCUGAGGGACUGUCUGGGGGACCACAAAUAGCCUUGGAAUCCCCGAACUUAUUUUUUAAUGUUUGAUAUAUAUCAUGUAUAUGAAAUACAAUUGUCUACUUAAAAAGUGGGGCGAGGGGGUUCCAUGUAAGAAUGUAUAUAUCCCAUGAACUAAUGAUAUUUUCUGGAUUGAGACUGUAAUAAAACAUUGGAAAGUUUUCAUAAA